AGCAACCUGAUCCAUCAGUCUCUUUCCACUGCUCUCAGGAAGGAGCCCGUGCAACUGCUGAAAUGUGCAAGAUGUCUUUCAAGAAGGAAACACCGCUUGCCAAUGCUGCAUUCUGGGCUGCGAGGAAAGGAAACCUGGCGCUGCUUCAGCUGCUGUUAAACAGUGGACGGAUAGACGUGGACUGCAGAGACAGUACCGGUGCUACAGCGUUGAUGGUGGCUUCAUAUGCUGGCCAUUUUGACUGUGUGCGGGAGCUGGUGUUGCAGGGAGCUGAUAUUAAUAUCCAGCGCGAGUCUGGAUCUACUGCUCUGUUUUUUGCAGCUCAACAAGGUCACAAUGAUAUUGUGAGAUACCUUUUCGAGUUUGGAGCAUCAACUGAAUUUACUACUAAAGAUGGCGGUACAGCUUUACUCGCAGCCAGCCAGUAUGGUCAUACCCGAGUGGUUGAAACACUUCUGAAGAAUGGAGCCAACAUUCACGAGCAGCUAUAUGAUGGGGCGACCGCACUGUUUUUGGCUGCUCAAGGAGGUUACGUGGAUGUCGUUCGGCUGUUACUUAUCUCUGGAGCAAAAGUGAAUGAGCCCAGGCAGGAUGGGACAACACCGCUGUGGAUAGCAUCCCAAAUGGGACACAAUGAAUUAGUGAGGGUCCUGCUACUGAGAGGAGCUGAUCGUGAUGCUGCACGGAAUGAUGGCACCACACCAUUAUUUAAGGCUGCAUCUAAAGGGUUAUGUGAAGUUAUAGAAGAAUUACUUAAAUUCUCUCCGGGGCUUGGCAUCUUAAAAAAUGGAUCAACUGCUCUACAUGCUGCAGUCCUCUGUGGAAAUGUCAGAUCAGUGGCCCUUCUUUUAGAAGCAGGGGCAAACCCUAUGCUAAAAAAUAAGGCUAAUGAAUUACCAACAGAUCUUUCAAAAAAUGACAGAAUAUUACGUCUUCUGGGGCCAACAGAAACAAUGAAGAAAAGUUAACAAAUCCACCUUUUGCUGGUUGAUGCCAUGGUGUUUUUUUUGCUCUGGGACAUAUAUUUUGCCCUGCUAUAAUGCUGCAAGUCUGAUAUCCAGCUGGCUCAACGCAUUGGGAUUCAUGCUAAAUAUAUUCAGUUGAAACAUUUUCAACUGGAUUGAUACCUGGAAUGAGUCCUUUCGCUGAGGCAUACCCACAUUGUAUUUAUUGUAAAGUACAGCCUGGUGAUUAGCAUGGCACUGCUCCUCUCAUGGAAAUAUGAGGGAAAGAGCUGAAACUGAUAGAGGGUAACUAUAUUCAGGGAGAAACCAAAAUAAACAUACUCUUUUCUGCUAUAAAUUGGGGAAUUUGCCUCACACAUUUGGGAACACUGGCACUGUUUUAUAUUGUGGUGGAAUUCAAGCAAUAAUUUCUUCUAACUAAGUAGUCUGAUCUUGCCUUCCCCUAUUUCCACUCAAAAAAUUUGUGAUGUACUGACACUAACUGUACAAUUAUAAAUUAAAGAUAAAUUGAGCUUUUAUACAUGGCAAAAAGGCAAGGAAGCAAAUGGUUCCAGUGUCUGGGACUGGGGGGGGCCCGGGGCCCACCAGGGCUGCUGCCUCAGGGGCCCCCUGCCCCAGCCGCAAAGCCUCCUCCAACCCCCAUACCUAAGCACAUAUCUGCAAUGGGGGACCGGUAGGGAUGUCGGGAGUAGUGGCAAUGGCUUCAUGCAGGGAGAGAGUCUGGCACAGUGAAGUCCAUGAGUAUCAGAGCCCACCAGGUUUUUUCCCAGGGUCCCGUCUGUCCAGUCCAACCCUGAAUGGUUCCACAGUAUUUCAAUGCCACAAAAUCCUUGGGGAAUAAAAUCACUAUCUAUUAUAACCAAAAACCCAGAACAUGAUAUUUUAGAAUAUAAUGUAUCAAUUGCUCAAUGCAAUGUAGUUUAGGGCAUGAUGGGAUAUUUUAUCACAGUAAUUAAUAACCAGAGGAAGGUCACUGUAACUAUUCACUUGCAUCCUGUGAUCCCAGACACCCAAGUAAAUAGGAGACAAUAGUAAACGUGUUUGGGGAGGCAUAUAAUCACACACGAGUUCUGUGAUGGUAACUGUAGAAAUUGAAAUCCCUCUGAUUUCCAUGGUGAAUGGGGCAUGGGUUGUCUGGAUAGCUGUAGAAAUUUAAGAACAAGAAUUUUUCACUUUAAAAUGGAACAGGGCAAGGAGGUAUUACAGUAUUUUUCCGUGCAACCCCACCCCAACUAUUGUGUUGAGGCAAACCUCAGAUCUAACAUGUUACCCACUGAGGCAGGAUCCAUCUGCAUUGGUCACACAAGGACGCAGAACUUUCCCUUGUAAUCCAAGUGCUGUGUAAAGGAGGAAUUUAUUUAAUAUUGUUUGGGAGGAUAGCAGCUUUUAAAUAUAAUGACUUUGCAUUGGUUAAGAAUGGUCACCAAUAUGCUUUAGACGUCCUCUUUAAUUGGUUUGUGGCUUCCUAGCAUGUAUUAUUAGUAACCAGUUCAGGUUUACGCUAUGCAAGAAUUAUAAUAACUAUGGCUUUACCACAAUACAGCAGUACUCAGAAUGUAUAUUUAGUCACUGCUUGCAUCAAAAACGGUGCAGUAUACAGUAUUAGGUGCAGAAUAUUAAGAAUAUUCCCUCCUCUCCUGUGGAGUCUCAUUACUGUUUUAAUAUAAUGAGCAUUUUUUGCUUGUUGGGUUUCAGUAUUUAAAGAUCUCUUUGUGGAGUUACAGUUGACACAUAUGUCCUAAAAUUCCCACACUCAUAUUCUGUUUAAUAUAAUAGAAUAAAGAUUUUUUUAAACCUU